AUGUCCAAGUUGUUAAUCCUGACUUCAAUUGCUCUUGUUGCUUUCGCGUUGUGCCAUCCGGGUGGUAAGGGACCUCACGGAGGUCACGGAGGUCAUGGAGGCCAUGGAGGUCAUGGUGGACUAGGAAAGUUCUUACCACCAUUUCUCCGAAAUGUUAGUGCAGAAGGAAGACGCGAGUACUUUGAUAUUCUGAGAAAUGGCAAUCUCACCAUCAACGAGGUCGAUGCCCAAGUCGACGAAUGGGCUUCCGCCAACGGCGUGUCGGAUCUCUACCAUGAGUUCGAAGCCAACAAAACUGCCCUCGAAGAGGAGAUCAAGCAAAAUAUGACGAAUGUUGUCAAUAAUUUGCCGAGUGUCCAAUCUUCAAUUGAGGCGGUCCUUUCGAAUAAGGACCAAACGUUCAAACAACAGAGAGAAGCUCUCGAACAGAUCAGAAAGCAAAACCCAAAGGAAGUUGAUGUAUUGGCCUUCAUUGCUUUGCCACCCAGACCAUCACCACACGGACCACCACCGCCGCCACCACCAAAGUAUCCUGAAGGUUUCGGUGGUUCAGAACUAUCCGCAAACGAGAGUGCUGACUUGUAA